CGCUGCUUGACGGCUGCGCUCCGCGGACGCAGGGCUCCGUUCAUCCGUCACUCCUUUAUUUGCCGGUGUGUGCGUCUGGUGUUGUCUGUUUGAAGUGCUCUUCAGGCAGGCAUGUCAGGCUCAACACCCCCGCCUCCUCCGGCUGAGGCUGCGGGAACCGAGGGUUACUUUCCCCCCGGAUACAAACCUUUCAAACCCGAGGAGCAUGGCCUGGAGCGCGGGUUCCGACUCACUGCCUAUUCGGACCUGAAGGGAUGAGGCUGCAAGGUCCCGCAGGAGGCUCUGCUCAAACUCCUGGCGGGACUGGAGCCGCACGGGGCCGACGGAACGGGAAAGGCCGUGGACCAAGCGUCUGAGUUCGGCCAACAGGCGCCCGGUCCUCGACUCGGUGUUGGCAUGGACUGUUGUGUGAUUCCUCUGAGGCAUGGAGGACUCUCACUGGUCCAGACCACAGACUUUUUCUACCCUCUGGUGGAGGAUCCUUACAUGAUGGGUAGGAUAGCGUGUGCUAAUGUCCUCAGUGAUCUCUAUGCUAUGGGCAUCACGGAGUGCGACAACAUGCUGAUGCUGCUGAGUGUCAGCCAGAAGAUGAAUGAGAAGGAUCGUGAGCGUGUCAUGCCGCUGAUGAUUCGAGGUUUUCGUGAUGCAGCAGAGGAGGGAGGUACUUCAGUGACAGGAGGUCAGACAGUCAUCAACCCCUGGAUCAUCGUGGGUGGAGUAGCAUCUGUUGUGUGCCAGCCUAAUGAGUUUAUUAUGCCAGAUGGUGCCGUACCAGGUGACGUCUUGGUCCUGACAAAACCUCUGGGGACGCAAGUGGCUGUCAAUGCUCACCAGUGGCUCGACCAGCCUGAAAGGUGGAACAAGAUCAAGCUAGUUGUCACCAAAGAGGAAGUUAAAGAGGCCUAUCAGGAAGCCAUGUUCUCUAUGGCAACACUAAACCGCACAGCGGCAAGCCUGAUGCACAAAUUCCAGGCCCACGCCGCAACAGAUGUGACAGGUUUCGGGCUGUUGGGACAUGCCAACAACCUGGCAGCACAGCAACAAAACGAGGUGGCCUUUGUCAUCCACAACCUGCCGAUCAUAGCCAAGAUGGCUGCCAUCAGUAAAGCCUGUGGAAACCUGUUCAACCUGAUUCAGGGCACAUCAGCUGAGACUUCUGGUGGGCUCCUGGUGUGUCUUCCCAGAGAGCAGGCGGCCAAGUUUUGUUCAGAAAUGAAGAGCCAGACCUCAGGGGCUGGAGGUCAAGGCAUGAUGGGAGGAGCUUGGAUAAUUGGCAUCGUAGAAAAAGGUGACCGUCACGCUCGCAUCAUUGACAAGCCCCGUAUUAUCGAAGUUCCACCCAGAGGAAGCCAAGCAGCAAAUCAGGACAACAACUCGACCAGUCCUGCCCUGAGCCCCAAUCUGUCAUAGACACUGCUGCCCCUCUGACGCGCUGUGUUUUUGUGUGUGUGUUUGUGUGCGAUGAUUUGUGUGAUAUUGCUGUCCAUCUCAUCCCCCCUUUAAGCUGAACGGCUAAGAGCACACAAACCAAAAUCACUGUCAUCUUCUUCCAGUGGGAGAGGGAAUGGACAGCAGGCAUUAUUAUUUAUCCAUCUAUGGAAGGAGCCUUCAGUUCACCAUUAUAUGCAAACUCUGGAUAGGAUCACACACCAUCAUGAGCCUUUUUAUUAAAGUGUGCACUCCUUUCAUUUUAUUUUUCCAUGAUUUACUCUGGAAGAACAUCUCACUUUGUAAAUUUUAUCCUAAUGUAAAAUAAGGUUUAUGUCAAAAGCCGAGUAUAAAUUGAAAACAUUCCAAAAGCAUUCUUGCCAAGUUCAAGGAAUCAUGAAUUGUGUGUGUGUUUUGGGUGCUUCGCAGUGGGGAGGGUGAAACAGGGUCGUCUAGCUGUUUGUGGAGUUGGGUGAUGUUAAUGUCUUAACGUUGGUGAAGGAAUCUUGAGGGAAAAGACUUGGUUCUUGGUCCUGGCACCUGGAUCUGCCCACACAGCCCAGAGGAAGGAUUGAGCAGCUUUCUCUGGACCAGCAGGGUGGUAGUCCAUUUGCCUUCUGUCAGCCGAUUGGACAUCCAGCACAGAGUCCCACCCCUCGCUCCUUUUCAUGAAGCUCUGCCUUUUAAACCCCGGCCAAUGGGGGCGGGUGGAGUGGAUGCCUGCCUUUGGAUGUGGGGGGGGUCGGACUUUGUCCUGCUGGAAGUCUUAAGGUUUCUGUAUUUGUAGCCUUCCUGCUUUUCACAAUCAAUAAAACCAUCAUCAACUCUGA